UUUCUGAACGUGAGACUGCAAGAACCCUGCAAGAUUUUACUAAAUUAACAUUUUGUUUAUUUAUCAGCAAUAAAGAAUAUUUUUUCACGAUGAGCUGCAACUGUCCAUUGGCAGCAUCAACUGGACCAACACUAGCAUCAACAUGUGGUGGACAAUCGUUUAUGCUUUUCAUGGGUUUAUUGGAGGUUUUUUUACGUAGUCAAUGUGACCUUGAAGAUCCCUGUAAUCGACCCCAGUCACCACCUCGUAUUGACUCAAGUUAUGAUUUUGUUGUUAUUGGAGGUGGUAGUGGGGGAGCAACAGUUGCCGCAAGACUUUCUGAAGAAAAAAGUUUUUCUGUACUUUUAUUAGAGGCUGGACUUGAUGAACCAACUGGUACACAAAUACCAUCAUUUUUUUUUAAUUUUUUGGGCACUGAUAUUGAUUGGAGAUAUUCAACUGAGCCUGAAAGUGAAGCAUGUCUUAAUAAAGAAGAACGAAGAUGUUACUGGCCAAGAGGAAAAGUUCUUGGAGGCACAAGUGUGAUGAAUGGAAUGACAUACAUGCGAGGUUCAAAAAAAGAUUACAAUGAUUGGUCAGAUCUUGGAAAUUCUGGCUGGUCUUAUGAUGAUGUUUUGCCUUAUUUUAAACGCAGUGAAGACAAUCAACAAAUAAAUACUAUGGAUUAUGGCUAUCAUGCAACUGGUGGUCCUUUAACUGUAACACAGUUUCCUUAUCAUCCACCAUUGAGUCAAUCUCUUGUUGAUGCUGGUCGAGAACUUGGAUACAAUAACGUAGAUUUAAAUGGAAAUACUCAUACUGGUUUCGCGAUUGCCCAAACAACAUCAAGAAAUGGUUCAAGACUUUCAACAUCACGAGCAUUUCUUCGUCCAGCUAAAAAUCGUUCAAAUCUUCAUAUCAUGCUUAAUGCAACAGCAACAAGAAUAAUUUUUGAUCAAACCAAAAAAGCUAUUGGUGUUGAAUUUUUUCACAAUGAUCAACUGCGUCGUGUUAAUGUUUUGAAAGAAGUUGUUGUCAGUGGGGGUGCUGUUAAUUCACCACAAAUUUUAUUAAACAGUGGCAUCGGUCCACGUCAAGAAUUAGAAAAAGUUAGAGUUAAAGUUGUUCAUGAUUUACCUGGUGUUGGUAAAAAUCUUCACAAUCAUGUUGCAUAUGCUAUUGGUUUUACAAUAAAUGACACCGACACAAACCCAUUGAAUUGGGCAACUGCUAUGGAAUAUCUUCUAUUCAGAGAUGGUCUUAUGUCUGGAACUGGUAUAUCUGAAGUGACUGCUAUGAUUAAUACAAAAUACGCAAUUCGAGAAGAAGAUCAUCCAGAUAUACAAUUGAUUUUUGGUGGUUAUUUGGCUGAUUGUGCUGAAACUGGUAUGGUUGGUGAAAAAAAAGGAAAAAAACGUUCAAUAUAUAUUAUUCCAACUUUAUUACAUCCAAAGAGUCGUGGAUAUUUACGUUUACGUGAUAAUAAUCCAUUAUCAAAGCCUCUUAUUUAUCCAAAUUAUUUGACACAUGCUGAUGAUGUUGGUGGUCUUAUUGAAGGAAUUAAAUUUUCAAUAAAACUUGCUAAAACUCGUACACUUAAAAAAUAUGGUUUUGAACUUGAUAAAACACCAGUUAAAGGAUGUGAAAAUAUACCAUUUGGCUGUGAUGCAUAUUGGGAAUGUGCAAUAAAACAUGAUACUGCACCAGAAAAUCAUCAAGCUGGUUCUUGUAAAAUGGGUCCAGUUAAUGAUCCAAAUGCUGUUGUUGAUAAUCAAUUGAGAGUAAGAGGUGUCAGAGGUGUUAGAGUCGCUGAUACCAGUAUCAUGCCAAAAGUAACAUCUGGUAAUACAAAUGCACCAGCAAUUAUGAUUGGUGAAAGAGCUGCUGAUUUUAUUAAAAAAACGUGGACUCGAUGAAAAUUUAAGUUUUUUAUUUCGAAUAAAUUAAACUGAUAGUUAUAUUCAUUUUUGUUAAAGCUGCAGUCCCUGUUAAAAAUACUUUUCAUAUUUUUUCGUAAUUACACAAGGGUAUGUUAACAGUUAAUAACUAUAUUAACUGUUUUUCGGGCAAAUAUGUUAGCCGUAAACACAUAAAUGCUUGAGAUAGCUAAUUUCGAAUGUUUAAGAAAGUUCAAACAAGAACUACGAAGCAACAAAGGGUAACACUAAAGCACUUUAAUCAUAUAAUUAUUUAUUCGAAAUACAUAUUGAAUUCGUAAAAAGACACACUCACACAUUCACAAAAAAGUUGUGGCAACAUUGCGUUACAAGUAACUAAAGCAAUAUAAAUUAAUAUUGUCUAUCUUACUUGCUGUCACUUUUUACACUUGCUUGCUUUAACGACAUUGCCACGAUUCUCUCACUCUCCCACUUCAUGUGUCUGAUAGUACAUGAAAUUAUAGUAUUUUUUUAUUUAAUUAACGUUUAUCUAAGUAGCAAUUGUAAUUUUUUUUUUCUAUCAAUAUCUCGAGAUUUUUUAAGUUUUAUAAAAUCAAUUGAAAAGACAAUCUGAUAGUGAAAUUGAAAAAUGUAUCGUUUAUAUUUAACAUUUUUUGUCAUCCAACUGUUUAAAAGUUGUUGACUUUAAACAUUAAUAUCUUUUUUACUGUCCGCCAAAUACUUCUAGAAUUUUCACAUAGCAUAGAUAGCUAUUUCAUAAAGCUACCUUUAACAUUUAAAAAAAUAAUAACGACAACUAAGCUGUGUUCAAACUAUAUGUGUUAACAUAUCCUAUAUCUAAGGGAAAAUUUUUUAAAUACUCACACGUUUAAAAGAAAAUAUUU